AAUUGACGGUCAAAUCCAAUUACAUAACGGCCAAAAAUCAAAUGCUUCUUUCCUUUUUCUCAAGCAAACCUUGGUUUUGAAUCGAUUCUCUCUUCUGUCUAUUCUCUCUCAACACUCAUAAUUCAUUCAAAAAGUCAGUUCCUUUCCUUUUCACUAGCUUUCAAAAUCAAAACCCUACCAGUUUCUUUUGCUUUUUUUUUAUCAAUGGUUGGGGAUUGUGAUGAUGAUCAAUGGAUUGACCCACUGCUCAUAACCGACGCCUCUUUGCAGCAGCAAGUCUCGCAGUACCCACUCAGCUUCACUGCUUCUGCAAUGGCAGAUCCACUCGAUGUUAAUUCGAACAUCAAAGAGGAUGUUUCUUGUGAAGAUCAAAGCUUGGAAACAAUUAGCAGUCAGAAUUUCAAUGACCCACUUGCAGAUGGUGUUUUUGAUGGUCGGUCAAUUUUGGGAUUUUCUCUGACAUCUCCAGAUUUGGUUAUCUGCACUGGUUCGCCAGACAUCCCCAUAAAAAGCCACGGAAAUUCCCUUACUUUCUUGAAGAAUGAGUUUCAGAAGAAUGCGGAAUCCUCCAUUAAUAUAUCCUUAGAGAAAGGCAUCAAUGGGUUAGAAAUUCAAGGUGCCCAUGAGACCCCACCUGGAAAGACUUCAACAUUGUGGCAAACCCCGAAUGAAGAUGUGUUUCUUGAAGCUUCAUUUGAGCUUCCUCCACCACCAAUGACCCAAGAAAAUUUGCUCAAAGAUCUUCCGUCUGCUAUAAGCAUCAAUGACGAUUGCAUGGACAGCCCUGAGGUUCCGAGUGGAGAAACCUUUGAUGUCAUAAAAAAUGAUUCUCCCCCAAGCUUAGGAGAAGAUGACUCUCUUAAACUUAUGGAGUUGCCUCAAAAGACUGAAUUUGGAUCACUGAAAGGUAGUGAUGAGUGUGAGGUGGAAGGAGAAUUUCAGAAGUUGCAAAAAGAAUAUGAGUUCCAAAAGAAGGAACUGACAGAAACAAGGAGAGCUUUAGAGGAGCUUAAGAGGGAGAACAAACUCAAGACUAGAGAAUGUCAAGAAGCUUGGAAGUCUUUGCAGGAGCUCCAGAAUGAGCUCAUGCGAAAAUCAAUGCACGUUGGGUCUUUGGCUUUUGCCAUUGAGGGACAAGUGAAAGAGAAGAGCAAAUGGUUCUCGUCCUUGAGGGGCUUGAAAAGAAAGUUGAAGGUUUUGAAAUUAGAACACAUUAAUCUGUCCCAAGAGGUUUCAUCAUAUAAGAAGUGCCUUGCAGAUAUGAAUGAAAUGAGCUCUACCAUUCAGUCUACAAUGAAACAGCAAACAGAUUCCUAUGAACAUCUUAAGGUCAAAUUUAUUGAAGGGGUUAAGGAACAGAAGGAACUUUACAAUAAGGUUUUAGAGUUGAAAGGAAACAUAAGGGUGUUUUGCCGAUGUAGGCCACUAAACGGUGAAGAAAUUGCAGCUGGAGCUUCAAUGGCAAUUGACUUUGAAUCUGCUAAGGACGGCGAGCUUACAGUAAAAUCAAAUGGGGCACCCAAGAAAACCUUCAAGUUUGAUGCUGUUUUUGGUCCCCUGGCAAACCAAGCUGAUGUUUUUGAAGACACUGCACCAUUUGCAGCCUCAGUUCUAGAUGGGUACAAUGUCUGUAUAUUUGCUUAUGGGCAGACUGGAACAGGGAAGACUUUCACAAUGGAGGGCACUGAUGAAGCUCGUGGAGUUAACUUUAGGACUCUUGAAGAGCUGUUUCACAUUAUCAAGGAGCGGCAGCAGCAAUUCCGAUAUGAUAUAUCUGUUAGUGUCCUAGAAGUUUAUAAUGAGCAAAUACGAGAUUUGCUAGUUACAGGAACUCAGCCUGGAGUUGUCACAAGGAGGCUUGAAAUAAGGCAAGUGGGUGAAGGAAUACAUCAUGUGCCUGGACUGGUUGAAGCACAUGUGAACAACACGAGCGAGGUCUGGGAAGUUCUACAAACUGGCAGUAAUGCAAGGGCUGUCAGUUCAACUAAUGCUAAUGAGCACAGUAGCCGAUCCCACUGCAUACACUGUGUGAUGGUGAAAGGAGAGAAUUUGCUGAAUGGAGAAUGCACAAGAAGCAAGCUAUGGCUUGUUGACCUAGCAGGAAGUGAGAGAGUAGCCAAGACUGAAGUACAAGGAGAAAGGCUCAAGGAAACCCAAAACAUUAACCGUUCUCUUUCAGCUCUUGGAGAUGUCAUUUCUUCACUUGCAACUAAAAGUCCACACAUCCCCUUCAGGAACUCCAAGCUGACCCACUUACUUCAAGACUCUCUAGGAGGAGACUCCAAGACGCUCAUGUUUGUACAGAUCAGUCCUAAUGAGAAUGACUUGAGUGAGACUCUUUGCUCCCUCAAUUUUGCAAGUAGAGUGAAAGGAAUAGAGUUAGGUCCUGCAAAGAAGCAAUUGGACAGUUCUGAACUCAUAAGAUACAAACAACUGGUUGAUAAAACAAAGCUAGAUGUAAAGAGCAAAGAUGUGCAAAUUAAGAAGAUGGAGGAAACAAUCCAUGGUUUAGACCUAAAAGUGAAAGAAAGAGACCUUAAAAACAAAAACCUACAAGACAAGGUAAAAGAAUUGGAAUCGCAGCUUCUAGUAGAGAGAAAACUGGCACGACAGCAUGUGGACACCAAAAUAGCUGAGCAGCUGUUACUGCAGCAACAACUGAAACAACAGCAGCAGCAGCAGGAGGAGCAAACUGCUGCACCCAUGAGGCCACCACUUGCAAGCCGGCCUUUGGGAAGUUACAAGAAUGUGGAAGAAACAAAUAACUCAAUGUGCAAAGAUCCAGUAAAUCUCACUACUAAACCUCUUAGUGAGAACUGCAACAGCCACAAACCUCCCAUGCCCCUUCCACCUACAGAUGGCUUUGUCAAGUACAUUGAUCCCAUGGAAAAAGAAAACAAUCCUGAGGUGGCUGAACAACUACCAAUCCCAAAGAGGACAGGAAGAGCCUCUAUCUGCACAACAGCAAGGAGGAUUCCAGUAGCUCCUGCUCCACGACGCAACUCUCUAAUCCCACUCCCCAGUGCACCAAGCUCCGCACGGUCUCCACCAUCAUUUUUACCACUGCCACCUAUUGAAUCCGAUAAUAAAGAAGAUACAGAUGGUCAAGAAGCUAACUGCCUGCCUGAACAAACUGCUUGGAGUAGUCCCAAAGGACUCAAGGCUAGUGAGGGUAAGAAGCUAGGCAGCAUACUGAGACGAAGCCUUCAAAGAAAGAUUCACAUGAAGUCCCCAAUGCAGCAAAUGAGAAAAGGUGGUAUAAAUGUAGGGAUGGAGAAGGUUAGAGUCUCCAUUGGAAGCCGAGGAAGAAUGACAUAUAGAGGGAUGCUCAGCAAUGCUAGAAGAGGGGGAACAAUGCAGCAAAAGCAGAGCCAGAAGGACAAGGAAAGGGGGUGGAAUAUAGGAACAGCAGGGAGAACUGGCAUAUAAAAGCCGAAAAAUUUUCAUGCAGGACUGGUAUUUAGGAGUUUCUUCCCAUCACAUGCAUGGGGGGAUCAAUAGAGAAACUAGGCUGUGUGUGGAUUUGUUUGUUAAGAUGACAGUAGUCAUCUGUUUAAAUUAUUCCAAGUGUUGGUUUCUUUUUGUAUAUAGAAUUCACUACAUUUGGUGGCAUUA